AUGAGAGCAGAAGUGACCUUGCUGGCUGAGAUUUUAGCCGAAGUGUGCAGAACUGCAAAGUCCAGCAGUCACAGCUGGCCCUUCUCUGGCCUCAGAUGGGUGACAGGGAAGGAACCGCUUUUAGGACUAAACUUGUUUUCUGUCAGCAAAGGAGGACAUGGCUGCAGCUCCAGUGCAGAGAAAGAUGCAGAUGAGAUGAACCAGCGGACUGAUGAUUACAGUAUGGGUAGUUUUUCUGUUUUUGAGGGAGGAGGCCACAGACCCAAGCAUCAGUGGAGAGAGAACGGCCACGUCAGGAAGCUACAGAGAUACAGAACCCAGCGGCUCAUGACCCAUUUUCACCGAAACACAGCCCAUGACCCUGAGUGCCACGGCAGAUGCGAGGGACUCACAGAGAGACCCUGUUUACACAAAUCACUGACUUCACUAGUGCCAUUAAGAAUUAAAGUGAAUGGACAGAGAGGAGGUUUAGGAAUCUGCAUAGCUGGAGGAAAAGGCUCCUUGCCUUACAAAGAAAAUGAUGAGGGUAUUUUCAUUUCCAGAGUGUCUAAAGAAGGGCCAGCAGAGAAGGCAGGGGUGCAUGUUGGGGACAGAGUGUUGGAGCUCACCUGCCCUCACUCCCCUGCUGAUUAUUCCCUUACUUAAACCUUCUCGGUUCUGCCGUAUGGCGUCAGAUCGUUAGAUUGUCUAGCCACCGUGACCUCUUGUCUUGGUAAAUAACUCUUGUCUUGGGAAAUAACUCUUGUCUUGGGAAAUAACUCUUGUCUUGGGA